AUGCCCCUCCUAAAAUUCUACACCGUGACAAACCAACUCACCCCCGAGGAAAAAGCAGACUUGGCACAAGUUCUCACAGCUCGAUAUGCACAGAUCAUGCCUGAUUUCUUUGUGAACAUUAUGUUCCACGAAUUACCCGCCCACGAUUUCUACAUCUCGGAGCGUCCCAACCCCGGAAACUUCAUCCGGCUGACGCUCGAACAUAUCGCUGUGAACUGGGACGAGAAAAACACGCAGGAAUUGGAGAGGGCGAAUAAGUUCUUGGAUUUUGUGGGGGAGGUUUUGGGGGACAGGUUUGAGGGGCGGGGAUGGAUGUAUGAAUAUUCUAUUUUGCAGACGUCGAGGGAAUUGUGGAGGGUGCAGGGACUUACACCGCCGGCGAUAGGGAGUGAGGAUAUGAAGGUUUGGGAGAAAGCGGGGAGGGGAGUGAAGUUGUAG